CACUCAAUAACUCAGACAGACACACAAGCACACAUUUACACAUGUACAUACAAACUCAAAUACACUAGGGUCCUGCCUCAUCACUCCCCUGCUCUCCCUGUCUGGAAAGUGGAGGCCUUAAUACUUCUUAGACAUGGGAUAAUCCAGCAUUUUCAGGAGUUGUUCUGCAGCCCUAGCUGUGGAAAUAGGAAGCUGUAAAGCUUGCAAGAUCAGUGCUGCUCCAGCCUGCAGGAGUGACAAAGCCCUCAUAUCCAGACAUCAGACAUUUAGUCAUGGAGCACUGCAGACUGUGGGGCUGGUUGGGGGACCAAGGGUUGCUGACUGCCAGAAGACCAUGUAAGCAGUGACCUCCAUUACAGCACAAUUAAAUGACUCGUGUCCUCCUCCAAGUGAAAUUGCAGAUGGCAGAAUGGCCUUUAGGAUAUAUUACUCCUUACCAGGAAUUUAUUACAACUGCAGUGGCUGGGGAAGAAAAGCUAUCUCCGCUGCAGCUGGAGGCCACACCAGGUUACCCCGUUGCAGCAGGUCAAAGCGUCCACCUGCAUUGCAGUGCUUUCACCAUGCCAGACUCUGUCACUUGGUCCUGGCAACACAGGAAAAAUGAGACCUGGCGAGAAGUGGGCAGCGGUAGGACUCUGAUCCUCACUGAGCCAAAGCAGAGCGGGCAUUACCGCUGCUGUGCUAAGAGCCAGUUUCAGCAGAGCGUGAGCCCUAUCCACGCAGUCUAUAUCAUCUCCAUGGGUGCAACAGUUGGUGAGAAUUUAGGAAUAGCUGCCUUUGUCCUCUCUCUCCUGGCCUUGAUCAUCAAUCUUGCUAUUCUUUUUUGGCUGGGCUGGCACAGACUUGGUGACACAUUGACCACCUCCAACACUGCAGCUAAAGGUUUUCCUGGACCUCAAAAGUCACCAAAGGAAGGUUUGCCACAGAGUGACAGUGACGGAGAUGUGUACAUGAAUUACACAAGCACCAACCAAGUCUACACUGAUCUUGACCCCACCAAUAUGAAAGACGACAAUGUGUACUCUGGUCUGUCAUGAACAUCCGUGGGAAGGUGGAGAUGUGCAAUAGAAAGAGGACAAAUGACAAAACAAGCAUUUUGUUCAGCAGCAGAUAAAGUUAGGUAAUAUCUGCAUAUAGAGCUCAGCUUUACCUUUAACCUGAUAGAUGAGGUUUGCCAUAUAGUUUCUCAGUGUGUGGAUGACUUCAAAGUAUGUACUUUGUUUGAUUUAAUCUAAUUUCACAAGUCAUGUAACACAAUCUGAAUAACUAACAGAUCUGUAGUUCUAGCUGUUUUGUUCCCACCAAACAGUAAGAGACUGUUUCUCUGUGUUUGCAAAUGUUAAUAAUGUCUCAAAUCGCAUGUACUGUUGAUAGGUAGAUGUCUCCCUGCUUGUUUAUAUGUCAGAAACAGACUUUUUAAUUUACUUUAAUCAUCAUGAGACAGCAAAUUAAACACAAAUAAAAUUUGAAUUUCCAGAGGUUA